AGACAUACAGCAUGAAAUUCAACAAAAGGUCAAUUCAGGAACUUAGGAUAAGGAAAUUCAUCAUGUACUCAUUUCGGUUUUUCUCGAAAUUGCAAUAGGGAAAGUUUCGAAACACGUGGUUUGAGAAUCAAGCGUAUAAGUAUAAUAUAAUAUAUAUAAAGACUAUAUAUGUAGAGAGAGAGAGAGAAUGCUCCGAUUUAGGGAUUUCAGAGAGAGAGAGGGGGGGAGGGGGGGAGCAGUAAUAGAUGUCUCGAGUUAGGGAUUAGAAAGUAAUAAGAGAGAGGAGAGAGAAGCAAUUUGGAGGCCGAUCCACGGAGAAAUUGCUAAUUUUUCCGGUGAAGGUAACCAAUAAGACCUCAGAUUCCGGCGAAAUGACGGACGAGGAGUUGUCGGCGGACUGGCUUCCGGCGGGUUGGACCGUGGAGCUCAAAGUUCGCAAGUACGGAAGAAAAGACAAGUGCUAUGUUGAUCCCUCAAAAGGACUUAAAUUCUAUUCCAAGCCAGAGGUGUUCCGCUAUCUCAACAAAAUAGAGAUCAACCCUUCUAAAUCCAAAGAGAAGAAAAAGAGCAUCAGCAAGCGCUCUGCAGAAAAAUUUGUAGUUGAAAAGGUUGCAGCAGAAGGUUUACCUCCAGGAUGGAUCAAGGAAAUGAAAAUAAGAAAACACGGUCGUAAGAUCAGAAGAGACCUGCACUAUAUUGAUCCUGUUAGUGGAUAUGUAUUCAACUCGAUGAAGGACGUUCUUCGCUAUCUUAAAACUGGAGAACUGGGAAGGCUUGCAUUCAAGCCAAAGGACAAAGGCGGCAGUAGUAUGGAGUUAGAAGAUGAUAAAGGAUCUUUGCCAUCUGUAGCUGGAGGACAGAAAUUAGCAGAAAGCGGAAUAAAUGGGCAAGUUCUCAGGAAUCAAAGCUUUGAUGGAGUAGUAAAAGAAGAACAGAAUCUUGAAUCAACCUCGACUGGAGAUUGCAUACCCCAGUCGGAACAUACUUCUGAUCAGGGCAGGGAAGGGGCUGCAGGGAGUAGUGUUAAUCUGCCAAAAACCAACGAUUUGGAGCAGAGAGGAGGAAAGAAUGAUUUUACUAUUGGAAUGCCUGAUUCAGCCCAUGUAGUUGGGCCCCUUCAAGAAAAGCUACCAAAUGGAAAUGAGGUGGGAAGACAGAGAAAUGGAAACAUCCAACAUGGUUCAAACAAAAGGAAAAACAAGAGAGAGCCUAACUUGCCUCGUCGGGCUUCGAAACGAAUUGCUGGAGUUGAACUCGAUCCAACACCAGAACUAAAAACUAAUAAUCGAGCUCGUCGAAUUGCAACUAAAGAGUCAGGUGAGGCAGAAGCAAAAACUGAUGAGAACUUGGGGAACAUGACUACUCCAGAAGAGCAUUCUGGAAAGGUAGAAGCAGAGAACAAGGCUGAUGUGAAGCAAGAAUGCCCCCUUGUUUUGCCUCCCAGUAACCUAGAUAUUCAAGAAGAGAAUGUUGGACGGGUUGAAACUGUUUGCAAGGCUGAGGAGAAACCAGAAUUGCCUCCUAGGAACCUAGAUAUUCAAGAAGAGAAUGUUGGACAGGUUGAAACUGGUUGCAAGGCUGAUGAGAAGCCAGAAUUGCCUCCUAGGAACCUAGAUAUUCAAGAAGAGAAUGUUGGACAGGUUGAAACUGUUUGCAAGGCUGAGGAGAAGCCAGAAUUGCCUCUCGGCUCAUCUACGAAGGAUUCAUGGAGAUGCAUUGACUUUGCAAUCAAAACUCUAACAGGCGCCAUUCCAAUAGAGGGUGAGAAUACAGCUGAUAAGAAUCUUGGGUCCAUGGAGGAUCUAUGGUCGGACCCAUGCAUUGAAUUUGCUAUAAAAACUCUCACGGGUACAAUUCCAAUGGAGGACAUGAAUAAGGCUCAAGAGAAUCCAGGGUCCUCGUUUGACUUGCCCAUAGGAGGAGAACUCUGGACGGACCCAUGCAUUGAAUUUGCUAUAAAAACUCUCAUGGGUACGAAACCAAUGGAGGACGAGAAUAAGGUUCAAGAGAAUCCGGGGUACUCGUUCGGCUUGCCCAUAGGAGGAAAACUCUGGACAGACCCAUGCAUCGAAUUUGCGGUGAAAACUCUAACAGGUGCAAUUCCAGUAGGAAACGACGAUCUCUGCGUUCGGGAUUACAUGCAGCAGCGACCCUGCUCAUCAGAAACCCGAAGGAGCCAGAAUGGUAAUUUAGAUUUCAGCAACACUGAUCUUUGGUGCCAACAAUCUACCACGGAGGAGAAACCUCUACUUAAGCAACAGGAACAGGUAAAGCAUCCGUUCCCUCACACAGGAAAUAUUAGCUUACAGAAUUCAGAUAAUGAUGCUCGUCGCCAUGUUGAAGUGAAAAGUGAGAAAUGCCCAAGACAGACAAUGCUCUAAUGGAAUUCGUGUCCUGCACAGUUAAAAAGGUAAAAACUAUGUCUGAAGCUAGACAAUGCUCUAAUGGAAUUCGUGUCCUGUACAAUUAAAAAGGUAAAAACUAUGUCUGAAGCUAGGUGCCAUCAGUUAUUUUGACCUUACAAUUAAAAGGGUAAAAACUAUGUAUGAAGGUAUCAUUAGUCCUUGUGACCUUUGUCAUGGUCUCAAAUUUGGAUGUAACUAGCGCGCGCGCGCACACACACUAUCUCAUAUCUACUUUGGGAGGUAGAUGAAAUACCACAGUGCCUCCGUGUGUUUGGGAGUAUUAUUAUUA